UUCUCGGGCAGGAUUUGUGCUUGCAACCAGCAGCAAAUAAUAAAACAUAAUGGAUCGACGAAAGGAGGAAUUGGAGAAGAAGCGUCAAAAACUUGCUGAAUUACGACGCGCUCGAGAAGAACGUCGUGCUGUUCUCGAAACCCAAUCGAAUCAAACGCAAUCAUCCAGCUCGAGCCCUGCGAACAAGGAUAGAAAGGCCAUUGAUGAUCUCGUCGCACUAGUACUUGGCGAACGACCUUCCACUCCUUCUACCGGUGCAGUUUCCGACCGUGGUUCGGAUACCGGUUCAGAAUUCACACCAUCUAGACCGGCAUCUAGCAAUUUCGGUUACUCUGUUCCCGGCACACCUGUUAGCGAGCCUAACGGAAAUCGGUCGUCGAUCACUUCUCAACCGGCAGCACCGAGUACACCCGUAUCCGGAGCAACACCUCGAUAUGUUGCAGAGUUAACAGAUUAUCAAACAGUAGUUGCUGAUAUCCCCCCUCUGGAACAAGUGGUGUACAGCAAAGAGAUUCAGACUGCUGAAGGAUCGUUCGAUGCACCCCAGCGGAGCGAGGAGGAAAUCCGUCAGGAGAUCAUUGAUGAACUGGAACUGCAAGAAAAGCAGCGACAGGCUCAGCUGGAGGAAGAGCGGAAACGCGCAGAAUUGGAAAAAGUGGAGGAAUUCCAAGACUUGACGGAGGAAGAAAAGAAACUGAUUCUGACAUCCCCCGAGUUCUUGGAUUUUGUGGAUACAUCGUCUAAAUUUGUCGAGAGAGCGCUGAACGAAACUUAUGAUUUCAUGAAAGAUUAUACCCUAGGCAUUGAUGUUGACAGCGAUGAAAAUACCGGCAAGCGAGUCAAAUUCAUAUGCGAUUUCUGGGACGAAAAGUGGUCCCGAAACCGCUCCGUAACGGAUGUCGACUGGUCAACAAAGUAUCCAGAAUUACUUGUUUCCUCACAUAAUAAGAAUCCUGCUACUGUCAACGAGCCUGAUGGUGUAGCAUUAGUGUGGAACCUUCACUUACAAGACCGACCCGAAUUUGUAUUCCAUUCACAGUCGGACGUCUUGAGCGUCAUGUUUAGCAAAUUCCAUCCAAACUAUGUUAUCGGCGGCACUUAUUCGGGACAAAUUGUUCUGUGGGAUACCCGCGCCAAAUCGUUACCCGUAUUGAAGACACCAUUGUCGGCAGGAGGUCAUACUCAUCCUGUGUAUUCACUUGAAAUGGUGGGCACCCAGAAUGCGCACAACUUGAUCACUGGUAGUACGGAUGGUUUUGUCUGCUCAUGGCAACUGGAUAUGCUGGCACAACCACAAGAUUACCUCGAACUGCUUCAUCCUUCACACAACAAAACCGACGAGGUUUCAGUAACGUGCCUUGGAUUUCCCGAUAACGAAACAACGACUUUCUGGGCUGGCACGGAAGAAGGCAACGUGUAUCAAGCAGGUCGAUAUGAUCAAGCCGGAAGUAAGGCUGGUAUCAAUCAAACUGAUACGUACAAGGGUCAUUAUGGCUCCGUCACUGGCUUGCAUUUCCAUCCUCUGUUUGGGUCCGUGGAUUUCUCGGAUCUGUUCUUAACAUGCUCGGUGGAUUGGACCGUCAAACUCUGGCGCGCAAAGUCUGCAUCUAAAACAUUAUCCCAGCCUACCAACAUCACACCUCUUUACUCGUUUGAACAUGCCGAUGAUUAUGUCUACGAUGUAAAGUGGUCACCUUCGCAUCCUGCUCUGUUUGGAUCAGUGGAUGGUAACGGCCAGUUUGAUCUGUGGAACUUGAAUGCUGAUACGGAGGAACCCUUUGUAAGCACAUCUGUUGGAUCAGGCCGGGCGCUCAACAAGUUAGCAUGGGAUAAGGAAGGCAACAAGACAGCAAUAGGCUCGAGUGAUGGCCGUGUAUAUGUAUAUGACAUUGGAGAGAUUGCAAACCCUAAGCAAGAUGAUUGGCACUUGUUGCAAAAGAACGUCUCUGAGAUGAUUGCCAAUCAAGAGAAUCCAGGCAAAUAAGUUUCCCGUCACUGCUUACCAAUUCCUUCCCCAAUUUCUGUUUAAGUAUCCCAUAGCUUAAUACUUGCCUUAUAUUAUUCACCCCCUCUAAAUUUCCCUUUGACAAACAAAACAAAGUUACUGUAUGAAUUUCUUUUCUAUUUCUUUUAUGAAUACGUUCGUCUUUUUCUUUUUGCCGCUUGACUGAUGUGUCACAAUCAACAAAUCUUAUUUUUUACUAAAUGUACAACACGCAA